UUUUUCAGCAAAAUACUGGGCCUUACCAGGCCCUUUUUAAUAUAGCUAUUCCGCAUCAAGUAACACUUCAAAAUGCAGUGAAUCUGAUUUCAUAAGCUCUUAGAUUUUGUAUUUUACUUUUUUGCUGCUCAAUCUGUUCGGAAAAUCUCCGUAACCAGUCGCACAACCUCGUUACUUUCCGAUCUUCUGCCGAUAUUGCAAAGCGGUGGAGAUAGAAGCACUGGGUUGACAGUUCUGCAGUAACGUUUCUUGGAUACAUUUGCUUGAGAGGAUGACAACUUUGAAUUUUGAUGAAGACGAGCUGGACCUAGGAAGCAAUACAGAGGCUAAUGAAGAUGCUGCCCGGCAGUGUCCUAUCGCCUCUGGUGGUGCACUGAAUGAUUCAGCUAUUUUUCAUGGAUCAUCGUCCAUGGCACAGAACUCUCCAGUGCCAUCAAGUUCAAGCAAUGGUCAACCGUUCACAGUCAUAGCUGCUCUUCCUUCUACAGAGCGGUUACUCACUGACCUGGUGAGACAAUCCCAACAGAAUGCUGUUCUACUUCGGCAAGCAUUAGCUGAACUGCAGGAACUAAAACAACAAGUGCAAAACCAAAGAAAAUUUCCAUUUACUGUCAAGACCUGUGGUUUUGAGCGAGAACUGGUGCUAAAAGCAAAGGAAAUAUUUGUGAUGCAUGGACCAUGGCUAGUCCAUGGAUCUUUGGAAAAAUUAAAGGAAAAGAUUGAGAUCUUGUUAGGUGGAACUGACAAGGUUGAUGCUCAUCAUGUCUCGAGUUGUGUAUCAUAUUGCAAGGAAAAAUAUACAUUAUGGAGAGCAGAUAUAAGGAAAAAGGUACUCAACAGGAAGUUAAACCACCUAAAAAUAGCUGAAUUUACAGCUAAACUAUAUGCCCCCUUCAAGACGAAAGAGGAAGACAUGAAGAAUGCAGGCAAAACUGCAAUGUUGCUGCGUAAAUUUGCCAGUGAAAAUGGAUACUUCGAGGACUCUACAAAACCAGACUUUUGGGACAAGUUUGUAGACUUUGCUAACACUUGGAAUAAGAUUGGUAUUCCAAACAAGUGGGCAACACUGCGACUUGAAGAUGAAUCAAAAUACAAUGAAACCUUAGAGACUUCUCAUUAAGUGCAAGUGACAUAGUUGUAGUGAAUUUCAAAUAGUAGGUUAGUAAUUGGACUGAGUGGGAUACAGCUUCGGGGGUGGGGGGGAAAUCGGGUGAGUGAUUUCAAAAUUUUAAGCACAGUUACUCUCUGAAUUGUAUGACACAAGGCCUAUACUAACAAUAUUUUAUAUCAAUCAUAACAAACUAGAGAUUAGGAAGUCUUUAACAGGUUCUUUUGCGCCAAAAAGUUUGUCCAUUUUCCAUAAGUUUACAAACACUAAGGGAUGGAUUAAGAAGGAACACCAUCAGUGAGAGUGCAUGCAAUUGACGUGGGAAAAAGGUGGGUGCCCAAUUAAAGGUAUCCAGUUACAAACAGGUCGUAACUGGUUACCUGUAACUGGACACCAACAUGAUUGUGUGCCAAUUACAUGACAAAUAGGCACAUGAAGAACUAGUCAGAAUCGAGGGAUCUGUUAAUUAGAUACAGGUGUACAUAUGUAUCUCUAUAACCCCUGAAAUGAGACUACCCCUGUCAAAUUUGUGACCAUGGUUUGUAUGUAUAUAACUGUCCUGGGCAGUUUUCCUCAGCAUAAAUUAUACGUAUACAUAUGCUAAUGCAUCUUUUGAAAGCUUUUGUGCUUACUGAAGGUUAUCAUAUGGUUUACUGUUUAAAGGUGGUGUUACACGGGAGUACUCAGUUGCAACGAUGAUUUGUCGCCCAACAUUGUUGUGAGAAAAAUUGAACUCCGUGUUAAGUUGAUAUCACACAAGAUGAUUUUUAACACACAUUGUAAAUUUGGGUGACAAAGUUGCAGGUUUUAAAAUCGCUUUAACCUGUAACAUGUUACUGCAACAAAAUGUUGCAUUAAAGUCACCCUGAGCACCAUGUUUCAUGACAUCUUUUUAACACCGCUAAAAAUUGGCGUUUAAAAAAGAAUCAUUAAAAAUCGAGUUCUGUAACAUCACCUUAUGAUGCCUAUGUGUAUAAUCAGAAGCAAUUUUUAUUUUUACUUGAAAGAUAUUCUUUGUUAAUACUUAUAUGGCUGGCCUUGUAAGUAUUUAUUGGUUAACUAGUUUUAAAAUAAAUGAACUUGCUAUUAUUUGCUUUCACCAAAAGUGCUUGAACUGGAACAAUCUGCGAUCACAUACAGUACCCAUCAAAAUCAAGGUUUCUAAUUUUCACCUGUUCUGUGAACAGUAACUACAAAAGGAGUUGCAACUUUUAAGAUUUUUUUUUACCCUGUAUCAAAAUAUUAUUAUUAAUAAUUUGUGAAAGACACAGCUGACAGAGGUUAGUAAUCUGUGGAUUUUCAGUGAGAAUCAUCAGACUGGUAACCAAACAAAUUGUGCUGAUUACUAGAUAAUAAAAAGCAGAAUAAUGAAACCCUUUAGAUAGUAAUUUUAAUUAGAUGUGUGGAAAUGAGAUAGAGCCAAAGCUUUCCCAGUCCCAUUCCAAAGCAAUUAAUCGAAAGUGAAUUAAACCUGAUUAAAGGGGCUCAGUGACGGUAUUUUGAGUUAUUUUGGCCACAUACAAAAUUACCUUUAAAUGGUAGGAAACCU